AGACUCGAGCGGUUCAAGAAACAUCCAGGACUCAUCCCACUCCCACCUCGUCAAGCUCCUCCUCUGGUGUCUGGACCCCUGCUCUCUCUCCUCUCCUCUCCUCUCCUCCUCCCGGGUUCUUGCCCUCCGACCCGCGGCCGCCAGUCUCUGCCGAUCGACGGGGCUCCGAUCUCCGCCGCCCACCACUCCGGCCGACCGCCCCCGUUUGUCGACGACGCUAUCGCCGCCCCUCGGAUCUCCGCCGGCCCGCUCUCCUCUCUGAUAUCAAGUAAGGAAAAUAGACUGGCUUUGUGGUGUCUAAGGCAGUGUCGGUGCUUGUGGAAGCGGGCUUUUAGUAUAAGGUCAUUCCUGCCAUAAGCUGAAUACUAUCAACAAAAUAUGCAGCCCAUGGGAAAUGAUAAGCCGACCAUUGUUCCUGGAAGACCUUUGUCUUCCUUUCCGGCAGCUCCACAGUCUUCUUCACCUUUCAUAUCUUCGGGUCCUGUUGUUGGCUUGGAGGCAUCUGGUGCUUCUCGAGCCACAACCCCCUUUUUAUCUUUGGGGCCUAGGACCAGCUUGGGGACAUCAGCCCCACCGCAAACCACAGCACCAUUUUUAUCUCCAGGGCCCAUUACUGGCACUCAGAUGUCCAAUUAUAGAUCACCACCACAACCACCACCAGUUAGGUAUAAUGGUCCAUCCAGUCCACCCCCUCCAACAUCUUACCCUGCCCAAGAUGCAACUACAUAUCAGCAAACACAAGCUCCUAGGUUUCCUCCUCCUGGUCAACCUGUAACUCCUUUACGGGGUCCUGUCGGUCCACCCGGUUCAUCCCCUGUUGGAUCUCUUCAUCCUCAGCCCCAGAUUCCCUCAGUGCCCAUGGGCCCUCCACUCCAAAUUGCAACCCAAAUGUCAUCUAGAAGUAAUAUGCCCCCUCCGCUGUCAGAGUCAUCAUUCUCUGCGACCAGACCACCUCCUCAGCCAUCUUUGCAAGGAUAUUCCUAUGUGCUCCCAAAAGGUAACAUGCCCCCCUCUCCUGCAGAGUCGCAGUUGCCUGCUCCUAGAUCAGUUUUUCAACCACCAUUGCAGCAGGCUUUUCCAGCUUCCCAUGUUCCUCCAGUUCAUGGUUCUUAUCAUGCUCACCAAGGAGGUGUUGUACCACCGCCACCACCUAUAGGAGGUCCUCUGGGUUAUAAUUCAAGAGAACAAAUGCAAUAUGCUAACAUAGGACCUCCUAUGGGAGGUAAUCUUCAGGGUCUGGUUGAAGAGUUCCAGUCAUUGUCUGUUGGAUCAGCUCCUGGGUCACUUGAUCAUGGAGUUGAUGCCCAAUCACUGCCAAGGCCACUAAAUGGCGAUGAAGAGCCUGUUAAAGUUCUUGAGACAUACCCUUUAAAUUGCCACCCAAGGUUUUUGAGACUGACAACUCAUGCAAUACCGAAUUCUCAGUCAUUGCUUGCUAGGUGGCAUUUGCCUCUUGGAGCAGUGGUUCAUCCUCUAGCAGAAGUUCCCGAUGGGGAGGACGUACCAAUUGUCAAUUUUGGACCAGCUGGCAUUAUUCGGUGUCGAAGAUGUCGAACAUAUGUGAAUCCAUAUGUGACUUUCACGGAUGCAGGAAGGAAGUGGCGUUGCAACAUCUGUUCUCUGCUCAAUGAUGUUCCUGGGGAGUAUUAUUGUGCCUUGGAUGCUAGUGGCAGAAGAUGUGAUCUAGAUCAACGACCUGAGCUUUCUAAGGGAAGUGUGGAAUUUGUUGCUCCAACUGAAUAUAUGGUGCGACCACCAAUGCCACCACUAUAUUUUUUCCUUAUUGAUGUAUCAGUAUCUGCAGUUCGGUGUGGUUUUCUUGAGGUUGUGGCAAAGACCAUAAAGUCAUGUCUUGAUGAACUACCUGGCUUCCCUAGGACACAGAUUGGCUUCUUAACUUUUGAUAGCACAUUGCAUUUCCAUAAUUUAAAGUCUUCUUUGAUGCAGCCUCAAAUGUUGGUGGUGGCAGAUCUGGAUGAUAUAUUUUUACCAUUGCCUGAUGAUCUUCUUGUCAAUUUAGCUGAUUCUAGACAUGUAGUGGAUGCAUUACUGGAUAGCUUGCCUAGUAUGUUUCAGGACAAUGCAAACAUAGAAUCUGCCUUGGGCCCUGCUCUUAAAGCAGCAUUAAUGGUUAUGAGUCAACUUGGAGGGAAGUUGUUGGUGUUUCAGAGUACAUUACCUUCUAUCGGUGUCGGGCGCCUAAGAUUACGCGGAGAUGAUCUUCGUAUUUAUGGAACAGAUAAAGAACAUACUUUACGGAUACCUGAAGAUCCAUUUUAUAAGCAGAUGGCCGCUGAAUUUACAAAGCAUCAGAUUGCGGUGGAUGUAUAUGCUUUCAGUGAAAAGUACACUGAUAUAGCUUCCUUAGGAUCUCUUGCGAAAUACACUGGUGGCCAGGUGUAUCAUUAUCCAUCAAUUCAGGCACCUACCCACCAUGAGAAACUUGGUUAUGAAUUGGCCAGGGAUCUCACCAGGGAAACUGCCUGGGAAUCUGUGAUGCGCAUUAGAUGUGGAAAAGGGGUGCGUUUUACAACGUAUCAUGGCCAUUUUAUGCUAAGAUCAGCAGAUUUAUUAGCCCUUCCUGCUGUGGAUUGUGAUAAAGCCUUUGCAAUGCAAUUAUCUUUGGAAGACACCUUGAUGACAACUCAGACUGUAUACUUUCAAGUUGCGCUGCUAUAUACUUCCUCUUCAGGUGAAAGACGAAUUAGAGUCCAUACAGCAGCUGCACCUGUUGUAGCUGAUCUUGGAGAAAUGUACGGCCGGGCAGAUACUGGGGCCAUUAUCUCGUUAUUGAGCAGGCUCGCCAUUGAAAACACAUUGUCUCAUAAGCUGGAAGAUGCUCGCCAGUUAAUGCAGUUAAAGCUUGUGAAAAGCCUUAAAGAGUAUCGGAAUCUCUAUGUUGUGCAGCAUCGGUUGGGUGGGAGGCUGAUAUUUCCAGAAACUUUGAGAUUCUUGCCAUUAUAUGUAUUGGCUCUUUGCAAGUCUGUAGCUCUUCGUGGAGGUUAUGCUGAUGUUCCUCUCGAUGAGCGCUGUGCGGCUGGUUACAAUAUGAUGAUAUUAUCUAUAAGAAGGAUGCUUAAACUUCUGUAUCCUGGUUUAUAUAGGAUAGAUGAGAACCUCAUAAAGGGUUCCGAGGAAUUUAAUGAGUCAUCUAAACAGUUAGCCUUGAGUGCACAAAGCUUAGAUCCCAGAGCACUAUAUAUUUAUGAUGAUGGAUUCAGCUUCAUUAUUUGGUUAGGCAGGAUGCUGUCACCUGAUUUAGUUAAUAAUACACUUGGGGUCGACUUAUCUGGGUUUCCUGAUCUAUCCAGGCUUGCAUUGCUUGAACAUGACAAUGAGUAUUCAAGAAAACUGAUGAGGAUAAUAAGAAGAUUGAGGGAGAAGGAUCCAUCCUGUUUUCAAUUAUGCCGUGUGGUGAGGCAAGGUGAACAACCAAGAGAAGGUUCCUUGCUGCUUUCCAACCUUGUCGAGGAUCAGACUGCUGGAACCAGUGGCUACAUUGAUUGGAUUCUCCAAAUAUACCGCCAAUCACAGAGUUCAUGAAGAGGGUAACACCAACUUCAGUCUACCUUUUUAGUGUCCUAGUGGUCCUCGUUUAAUGGCAUGAAGCAGAAUAGGUAUUCAGUUCCGAGUUGUGAGGCUUUUCAUGUUCUGAGGGAAGCACUGAGCCUGAAUCAAGAGGUGACGAGCAAUCAAGUUCCGCUAUUUGGUUUGAGUUCCAUUUGUAAUAUGAUGUGCUGCUAGUUUUAUUAUUUAUAUUAUAUUUAUCUGCUUAACUUUUUUUUUUUCCGAUUGUGGCAAGUAAAAUUUGUUCUUGUAUCACAAUAAGAAUUUUACUAGUGCUUCAUGAAGUUGUUUUUCUGUUCAUUGUAGGUUAUACAACUGUUGGAAUCGGAAACGGGAUUACAUAUAUUCACUUUUUUUGGUUAUAAGAUGGUUCUUUUGAUAGCGGUA